UUUCUUUUCUUUUUUUUUUCGGACAGAGAUAAAAGUAGUAAACCAGAAACCUCCUCCAAGUCUUGGACUUUUCUCUCUAGUCGGAACACUAGUAAGUCAACGUUAAAGUGGAGCGAGACUACGCUCCGAGCUGAAGAUAAUGCUUCAUUUGUGCACAUACAUUUUAUACUGCAGUCUCCAAUUUCUUUCUUCAGCAAUAAGAUCGCACACAGGUCUUAAUGAAACCAGCGCUGCGACCCAAUUUAAUUGGUUCAUUCCCUAAUUCUCUUGUAUCGGGACGUAAUUACGCUGCAACUAAUACACGUAGCGAGUAAUAUCGCAUUUAUGCACAACGAAGAAGAGCUGCCAUGAGCGAAGACCAAAAAAGCUGCUGCUUCACUUUUGGACGUUGCUUUUGGCGGAUGAUACCAGUCACGACUAUACACUAGUAGAGUUAAAGGAGCUUAAUUACUUAAAUCUAGGGCUUUGAAUUAAAACCACGAAGAUGUCGGUUGUCUUAGAUGGGCCAAUUUCACUUGCCGUGAGAAAAGUUGAGGAAGUUAGUGAAGCUACAAGUGCCAUUGUGUUCUUUGGACUUUGUAUGGUAUUGGGAAUUAGUACAAGGCAUUUACUUCGUGGAACUAAAGUACCUUACACAGUUGCUUUACUAGUCAUUGGAAUUGGACUUGGAUCUUUAGAAUUUGGUACAAAUCUCCGGCUCGGAAAACUUGGGGCUGGUAUUUGCUUAUGGGCAAGUAUCAAUCCGGAUCUUCUCUUGGCUGUUUUUCUUCCUGCUCUUCUCUUUGAGGGCGCUUUUUUAAUGGAAGUACACCAAAUCAAGAAAUGCAUUGGGAAAAUGCUUCUUCUCGCUGGCCCAGGUGUACUCAUUUCAACCUUCUGUCUUGGAUCUGCGCUGAAGCUUGUUUUUCCGUACAACUGGAGUUGGAAAACAUCUUUGUUGCUAGCGGGGCUUCUUAGUGCUACUGACCCGGUUGCUGUUGUCGCUUUGUUGAAAGAGCUUGGUGCAAGUAAAGAACUGACUACUAUAAUCGAUGGAGAAUCAAUGAUGAACGAUGGUGUGGCAGUUGUGGUGUAUCAGUUUUUUUUCCGUAUGGUCCUUGGGGAGAGUUUCAGUUUUGGAGAUAUAAUCACAUAUCUAACACAAGUAUCAGUUGGAGCUCUAGGUAUUGGUCUUGCUUUUGGAGUGGUAUCUGUUUUCUGGUUGGGGUUUAUUUUCAAUGACACUGUUAUAGAGAUUUCGUUGACACUUGCUGUGAGCUACCUUGCUUACUUCACUGCUCAAGAUGGCGCUGGUGUGUCAGGUAUCCUGGCAGUGAUGACUUUGGGGAUGUUUUAUUCUGCAUUUACUAGGGCGGGCUUUAAGGGUGACAACCAACAGAGCUUGCAUCAUUUUUGGGAAAUGGUUUCUUACAUCGGCAACACUCUCAUUUUCAUCUUAAGUGGAGUGAUAAUAUCUGAAUCUGUUAUACACAGUGGGAAUGAUUUCAUUAAGCAUGAAACUUCAUGGGGUUACCUUGUUCUUCUCUAUGUUUUAGUUCAAGUAUCCCGCUCAAUAGUUGUUGGAACCUUAUACCCCUUUCUUCAUUACUUUGGGUACAGAUUGGACUGGAAAGAAGCAAUUGUUCUUGUUUGGUCAGGCCUAAGAGGUGUUGUGGCACUGUCAAUGGCACUAUCAGUGAAGCGCGCGAGCGACACUUCAGCAUUUUUAAAUCGUGAAACAGGAGCUAUGUUUCUAUUCUUCACCAGUGGGAUUGUAUUCUUGACGAUCAUUGUGAACGGAUCGACGACAUCGUUCGUUUUACAUUUUCUGGGCAUGAAUAAGCUAUCAACCACAAAGAGACGCAUAUUGGAACACACCAGGCACGAAAUGAUGAAUAAAGCCCUUGAAGCCUUUGGUGGUCUUGAAGAUGAUGAAGAACUGGGACCUGCAGAAUGGCACACUGUCAGAAAAUAUCUUAGUUGCUUGAAUAACCUGGAAGAAGACCACAUGCACCCUCACAAUGUAUCCAAAAAUGAGAGUAAUAUUGAUGCUAAGAACUUGAAAGACACACGAGUACGCCUCUUAAUUGGAGUCCAAGCUGCUUAUUGGGGGAUGCUAAAUGACGGAAGGAUAUCCCAGAAUAUUGCAACUACUUUGUUAGGAUCAGUAGAUGAAGCAAUUGAUUUGGUAAGUCAUGAUUCUCUAUGUGACUGGAAGGGCAUAAAAUCACACGUUCAUUUGCCAAGUCACUAUAGAUUGCUCCAGAUGAGUGUAUGUCCACAGAAACUGGCGACUUAUCUCACAGUGGAACGGUUAGAAUUUGCGUGUUACGUGUGUGCUGCAUUUCUCCUUGCUCAUAGAAUUGCAAGGCGGCAACUGCAUGACUUUAUGGGUGACAGUGAAAUAGUUUCUUUAGUGAUUAAUGAAAGUGAAUCCGAAGGGGAUGAAGCAAGAAGUUUUUUGGAAGAGGUUCGUGCUACUUUCCCUCAGGUUUUGCAUGUUGUAAAACUAAGACAAGCAACAUAUGCAGUGCUAAAGCAUUUGAGCGAGUAUGUUGAAAAUCUUAAAAAGGUAGGGAUAUUAGAAGACAAAGAAGUGAUUCAUCUUCAUGAAUCGGUGCAGACUGAUUUGGAGAGAGUUUUCAAGAAUCCUCCUUUAGCAAAGAUGCCAAAGAUAGAUGAUAUGCUAAGAGCACAUCCUUUGUUGAGUGCACUUCCUUCUAUUGCACGCUUGCAUCUUCAAGAUUCGACUAGAGAACUAACAAAACUGCGCGGAGUAGCAAUUUGUAGAGAGGGAACCAUACCAAAUGGAAUAUGGCUUGUUUCAAAUGGGGUUGUAAAGUGGGAAAGUAAGAAUAUGAGAAACAAGGGUUCUUUACAUCCAAUAUUUUCACAUGGCAGUUCUUUAGGCCUGUAUGAAGUACUAAGCGGAAAGCGCUACAUCUACGACCUGAUCACAGAUUCUGUUAUUUACUGUUUCUUUGUUGAAAGUGAAAGGAUACUGUCUUUGCUCAAAGCGGAUCCUGCUGUAGAAGAUAUCUUGUGGCAGGAAAGUGUUGUAGUGAUUGCCAAACUCUUGCUUCCUCAAAUAUUUGAGAAGAUGGUUAUGCAAGAUUUGAGAUCCCUUGUGAUGGAACGGUCGCAUAUGAACAUUUACACGGAGGGAGAUAUUAUAGAAAUCCCCCCUCACUGCAUUGGAUUUCUGUUGGAAGGAACUGUAACAACCAUAACUGAUCAGGAGGAAAUGAUUACGUCUCCAGGAGUGUUGUCACCCAUAUAUGGAGAUUUAAGCUUUCUAAGUUUAGAAACAUCAGGUUCCAAGGCGGCAAGUAUCUAUCGUCGAGGAACUUCAUACCAGAUUGCCACAAGUGCUAGGGUGAUUAUAUUUGACAUGGCAACAGUUGAGGCUGACUUGCAACUUCAGAGAAGAACCUCUUCAUGGAUUUAUGCUGCAGAGGAAUCAACUAAAUGUCUGAGUAGAGAGCACAAUGUUCUAAAGAGUUCGCCUGAACUGUUGCAUGUACACACACAAGUUCCACACGGCAGUGUGGGUAGCAGCUAUGAAAAACCUACAGGUUCUCAGAGGAAGGAGCUGCAUAGCCAUUCAUAUACAAGGGUUCCAUCAACAGAGCAGCCACUUGAAAAUUCGUAAGAUCAGAUUCAAUUCGCCUGAUAAAAUUUAAGGAGAUAAAUCUGGUAAAGGAGAAUUCAUUUUGAGAAUUACUCUAGGGAAACGGUAAAUGUAUGAUUGUAAGUAACACUAGUCGAGUACAGAAGACAUAGACGUAGUCUAAGGAGGUCUUAUACAGAUUCCCAGCCAAUUGGCUCUAGUCAUACAACCCAUGCCUCCAAAA